AAUUUCUCAAUUUAAUAUUUUCUAUUUUAAUUUCUCAAGAAAACAAAAACAAAGACAAUCACUCACUACUACUAGUCACAGAAGAGGGUAAGAGAGAAGAAAACAAAGAAAGAGGGUACUUGUUACUUCUUCGUCAUUCUCACAAAUUCGUCAUCUGGGUUCCCUCAAAUUCUCUUCCUUUUCUUAAUAACCUUCUGGAGAUCUUCUGGUUGCAAAGUGCAAACCAGAUUUGGUUGUACUCAUCUCUCUCUCUCUCUCUCUCUUUAUUCUCAUUCUUCAUGAUUUCUCAUUUUUUUCUGUUUCUUUUUGGGCUUCAAUCAUGUGUUUAUGAUGUUGAGUUAUUAAAACUAUAAUUGAGUGAAACCUUUCUUUUUUGACCGUUGAAUAAAGGGAAAGAGAGGAAGAAGAAGAAGAAGAAGGAAAGAUUGUGUCUUUGUGAGAUUAAGACAUGCGUUUCUGUUCUGUCUUUUAGCUCUCCUUUUGUUUACCAUCAAUGUUGCACAAAAUUGAUAGUUAGUUAGAGAGAGAGAGAGAGAGAGUUUCUGUAAUUCUUUUUCUUUAAAGAUUAUUUGUUAAAAAUGCCGAUGUUUCAGCCGUUGAAGAGAGACGGGCUAGUCGGUGGCGAUGGGCAAGUGUUAGAUCUGGACACGGCGGUGAAAGACGGAGUUCUCGGGGGAGUAAACGGCGGCGGAGGAGUUGUGGAUGAGAAGGUAGAUCUGAAAAGCAUGAUAAAGGAGCUAGAUUUACAAGACAUACCCUCCGUUUUCAUCUGCCCAAUCUCCCUGGAGCCGAUGCAAGAUCCCGUGACCUUGUGCACAGGCCAGACCUACGAGAGGUCCAACAUCCACAGAUGGUUCAGCCUCGGCCACUUGACUUGUCCCACCACAAUGCAGGAGCUUUGGGACGACGCCGUCACUCCCAACAGAACCCUUCACCAUUUGAUCUACACUUGGUUCUCUCAGAAGUACGUGUUGAUGAAGAAACGCUCCGAGGAUGUUCAAGGCCGAGCCAUCGAGGUUCUCGGGACCCUGAAGAAGGCUAAAGGGCAAGCUAGGGUUCACGCCUUGAGCGAGCUUAAGCACAUCGUCCUGGCUCAUCUCAUGGCCAGGAAGACUGUUGUCGAAGAAGGAGGCGUCUCUGUCAUCUCUUCUCUUUUGGGACCUUUCACUUCCCACGCGGUUGGAUCUGAGGUUGUUGCCAUUCUCGUGAGUCUUGAUCUUGAUUCGGAUUCCAAGUCGGGGUUGAUGCAGCCUGCGAAGGUUUCUUUGAUCGUCGAUAUGUUGAAUGAUGGAUCCAACGAAACUAAAGUCAAUUGCGUUAGGUUGAUAAGAGGGUUGGUGGAGGAGAAAGGGUUUAGACCAGAGCUGGUCUCGAGUCAUAGUUUGCUUGUCGGGUUGAUGAGAUUGGUUAAGGAUAAAAGACACAGAAACGGAGUGUCACCCGCUCUUGGUUUGCUCAAACCGAUCUCUGCUCAUAAGCAAGUUCGAAGCUUGAUGGUUAGAGUCGGUGCAGUGCCUCAAUUAGUCGACAUCUUACCGUCUUUAGACCCGGAUUGUCUGGAAUCAGCUCUGUUUGUGCUUGAUGCUUUGUGUUCAGACAUGGAAGGAAGAGUUGCUGUCAAAGACUCGGCAAACACCAUUCCUUACACCGUUAAGGUACUGAUGAGGGUUACUGAGAGUUGCACUAACUACGCGUUGUCGAUUCUUUGGUCUGUCUGUAAGUUAGCUCCAGAGGAAUGUUCACCUCUUGCUGUUGAGGUGGGUCUUGCUGCAAAGCUGUUGCUCGUGAUUCAGAGUGGGUGUGAUCCGGCGUUGAAGCAGCGGUCAGCUGAGCUACUCAAGCUGUGUAGUCUACAUUAUUCAGACACCAUGUUUAUUUCCAAAUGCAAACUCACAAGGACAAUCCAAUAGCAUAAAAUUUAUAUCUUUGGCACUGAUGAAGAUAUCUAUGGAGCAGUAUAUGCGAGAUGAGUUGAGAAUCUGCCCCAUGCCCUGAUGUAUAUACAUAAGAUGGAGAGUUUGAAGAUUCAGCUAUUGGUAUGCAAGCAAUCUGCAGAUGGAAACACACAAAGCUACUUUGUUGGUUAGGAGGAUGGGUAUGUAACGGUUUAAUGAUGGUUCCGUUUUCAAUAAACAAUGGGGGUUAGCAAAUCUGUGUAAAGUUACUGCCUUUGAUUACAUUUAGUGUUGUUACUUCCUCUCUACUUGGGUCCUUGUGAGAGGUUGUUUUGCUUUUUGACCACUCAAAACAGAAAGGAAAAAAAAAGAAGAAAGAAGCAAAAUCUUUUGACCUGAAGCUUGUGUCAUCUUUAAGCUUUUUGAAUCUCUUUUCUUCAUUCAAUGUUUUUCUGUUACAUUUUCUUAAUUUUAGAAAUUAGAAAAAUGUCUUUAUUGCUCACUA